GUUACCUGAAUGUUGUAGCUUGAUUGUGUUUCUUGAGAUUUGCUGGUGCUGUCGUUGGCAGUCCAGUCAUCAGACUCCAUCAUUGUCCUCAGUUCAAGCAGAUGGGUUAAGUGUGUACAGCUAGGUGAACUAAGGUUCAAGUGUGGAGUGGACGAUGAUGCAGUGUAAAGUUAACGCAGCCUCCUGUUUGCACUUGCACUCUAACACGAUUAACCAAUGACCACGACUUUUGAUUUCUGUGAUCCAACAUUAUUGGCUACCGAAACAUAACAAAAAAUAACAUGUAAUGAAAAUGCUGAUGAGAAAUGUAUGGGAGUAAAAGUCUCUGUUUUCUUUUGAAAAUGUAUUAAAGUAAAAGUGUUGUAUGUAAGGUAACCAUCAGCGUAACCAUCAAGUGUGAUUUGUUGCUCAGCCAACCACGUUCGUCUUGUCUGAAGCACGUGACUUCCUUAAAAAAGAACGUGCAAGAACUACAAACCACAGGGGUUUCAGUUGUUCAGAGAUCAUUUAGGAAAUAAUCUGCACUCGAAUGAGCCAUGGAGGAGGUUUAUGUCAACGUUAAACAAGUCAAGGCUGUCAACACAAGACAUUCAACCAAUCAAGCAGGUAAGAAUAAAUAGAGAGGCUUAGAUAUAUAUAUAUAUGUGUGUGUGUGUGUGUGUGUGUGUGUGUGUGUGUGCGUAAUCAUUUUAAUUUCUACUUUCGUACUGUUUAACUUUUUUAUUCUAUUUAGCUCCAAGAAACUCUGAGAGGAGUUUAUGUUUAGCUGUCACUGUCUUUUUGGGACUGUUGACUGUUUUCCUGUUGGUUGGCCUCAUCGUAGUCGGAGUCCUCUACCAUAACUCAGUCCAUGAUUCAGCUGUAGAGCUCUCAGCCAUAAAAGACAACCUGACUGAGCUCCUACAGACCAGCAAUGACAAACUCUCCUCCAUGACUGAAGAGAGAGACCUGCUGCACAUCAACCUGUCUAAAAUAAUUGAAGAGAGAGACCUGCUGAAUGCCAGCCUCAGUAAAAUGACUGAAAAAAUGGAAAGGCUUCAGACUUCAUCCAAACAGAACAAAAUAUGUCCUGCAGGAUGGAAAAUGUUCAAUUGUUCCUGUUAUUUCCUACAUGAAGAGUCUGGUUCCUGGGACAAAGGCAGACAGGACUGUAGAGACAGAGGAGCAGAUCUGGUGGUGAUAGACAGCCCUGAAGAACAGAAAUUCCUCGUGGACUUUACCAAGAGACCAACUUGGAUUGGUUUGAAUGACAGAGAUAAUGAAGGAAUCUGGAAAUGGGUUGAUGGGACUCCACUGACUCUGAAAUACUGGAGAACAAAUCAACCUGAUAAUGGAGGUGGAAUCCCAAAGUAUGGUGAAGAAAACUGCGUUCAUAUCAGAAGUGAUGACAGCACUUCUUGGAAUGAUCUUUCAUGUACAUCAUCUCUGCAGUGGGUCUGUGAAAGAAUACCAUAACUCUGUUGUACGCGUUGUUUAAAGUUUAUAUACUGCAUGUAAAUCAGUUACAUUUUUAACUUCUGCAUGACUGGUAUUUCUAUCUACGACUUAAGUGUUGCAUUUAAAUGAAUUAUCCGCUGCUCUUUUCUUUCUUUCUUUGUAAUUAAACCCUGUUUUCCCAAGGAAGAUAAUUAAUUCUUUGGCUGUAUGUGUACAAACACUGUCCAGCCAUAAUAUUAUGACCACUGACAGGAGAAGUAAAUAACGUUGAGCGUCUGAUGACAAUUCAGUGUUC